AUGUCGAAUGAAACUGUGCCUGUUGCUACCUCUAUUAUUGUUCCUGUUAAUCAUGGAGAAAAGCCAGAGAAAUUCAAUGGUAUUGAGUUUAAGAGAUGGCAACAAAAAAUACUGUUCUAUCUCACAACUUUGAAUUUGGCAAAAUUCUUUAAUGAGAAUGCUCCAAAACUCAAGGAAAAUGAGACAGAUAGGCAAGUGGUUGCUGUUGUGGAAGCAUGGAAACAUGUUGACUUCCUUUGCAAAAACUAUAUUUUGAAUGAGUUGGAUAACACAUUGUACCGUGUUUAUAGUUCAAUCAAGACAGUAAAAGAGUUGUGGGACUCCUUGGAAAAGAAAUACAAGACAGAAGAUGCUGGAACUAAAAAGUUCAUUGUGGGCAAACUUCUGGAUUACAAAAUGGUGGAUUCCAAAACUGUGCUUAGUCAAGUGCAAGAGUUACAGGUAAUCUUACAUGAAAUACAUGCUGAGGGUAUGUCUGUAAGUGAGUCUUUUCAAGUGGCUGCUAUCAUUGAGAAAUUGCCUCCAUCUUGGAAAGAUUUCAAAAAUUACCUGAAGCAUAAGCGUAAGGAGAUGCGGCUAGAAGACUUGAUUGUAAGAUUGAGAAUUGAGGAAGACAAUCGUUCUUCAAAAAGAGCCGUAGGGAAUCACUACAUGGAAUCUAAAGCAAACAUUGUGGAGCAUAAUAAGAAUAAGAGAAAGUACUCUGGUGAAAGCUCAAAGCAAGGAACUAGUGGGAUAGGACAUCGUGCUAAGGAUUGCCAUAAGCGUCAAGAUCAAGGGACCAAGAAAGGCUCUCAAGCCAACAUUACUGAAGUGGAAAAUCUUUCUAAAGAUGUGGAUGAUAUUGACCUUUCUGCAGUGAUUUCUGAAGUGAACUUGGUAGGAGAUAUACCAAGGAAUGGUGGAUGGACACUGGGUCUACUAUGUAUAGAUCAGAAUCUGUUUUCUUCUUACCAUCCUGCGAACAAUGGAGAAGAGAUAUUCAUGAGGAAUUCCUCAACCUCUAAGGUUGUAGGAAAAGGAAAGGUAAUAUUGAAGAUGACUUCAGGCAAGAAACUUACUCUGAAUGAAGUGCUACAUGUGUUAGAUAUUCGUAAGAAUCUUGUUUCUUGCUCACUGUUGAGUAAGAAUGGUUUCAAAUUGGUCUUUGAAUCUGACAAGUUUGUGCUCACAAAGAAUGGCGUGUACGUGGGAAAGGGUUAUAUGAGCAACGGGCUAUUCAAAAUUAAUAUAGAGUGA